UGGAUGGAGAUGGAGAAUGGGAUGGAGAAUAUCCUCCAACCAUCAGGAAACUGUUCCAAUGGAAGCCGACUGAACAAAGACCUGAGACAUUAUCUCAACCAGCGGUUUCAGAAAGGAUCGCCGGAUCACGAUCUGCAGCAGACUAUUCGAGAUAACCUUUAUCGCCAUGCUGUGCCUUGCACAACUCGCCCUCCAAGAGAAGGAGAAGUGCCUGGUGUGGACUAUAACUUUCUGACUGUGCAGGAAUUUCUGGAGCUGGAGCGAAGUGGGACCCUUCUGGAAGUAGGAACUUAUGAAGGUAACUAUUAUGGAACGCCCAAGCCUCCGAGCCAGCCCGUCAGUGGGAAAGUGACUUCCACCGAUGCUCUGCAAAACCUGCAGUCCGGCUCCAAGCAGUCGACUCCAAAGCGGACCAAAUCUUACAAUGAUAUGCAAAAUGCUGGCAUAGUGCAUACAGAGAAUGAGGAAGAGGAUGAUGUACCUGAAAUGAGCAGUAGCUUCACAGCAGAGUCUGGUGACCAAGGCGAGCAUAAUACGCAUAUCACACGAGAGAGAGCCCCGCCGUCUGUGAUUGAUAGCCACACCAACGUUCCCACCACGGAACCAUCUCAGAACCUCCCUCAAUACCUACCUCCUUCUGCCGAGGAUAACCUAGGUCCUCUGCCAGAAAACUGGGAGAUGGCCUACACCGAGAACGGAGAAGUCUAUUUUAUAGACCAUAAUACAAAAACAACAUCUUGGCUAGAUCCACGGUGCCUGAACAAACAGCAGAAGCCUCUAGAAGAAUGUGAAGAUGAUGAAGAAGGGGUACACACGGAGGAACUGGACAGUGAACUAGAAUUGCCUGCUGGUUGGGAGAAAAUUGAGGAUCCCGUAUAUGGUGUCUACUAUGUAGACCACAUCAACCGGAAGACACAAUAUGAAAACCCUGUUCUUGAAGCGAAGAGGAAGAAACAGCUGGAGCAACAGCAACAACCACCAGAAGAAUGGACAGAGGAGUGUCCAUCUCUCCCACCACCCGCUGCUCCAAACCAUGUUUCAAACAACCAAGAAGCAGUUCGGGAGGCACCAGUGCAAGGAAAACCCUUUUUUACCCGAAACCCUUCUGAGUUGAAAGGGAAGUUCAUCCAUACCAAGCUAAGGAAAAGCAGCAGGGGAUUCGGCUUCACUGUCGUUGGAGGGGAUGAACCGGAUGAAUUUCUCCAAAUCAAAAGUUUGGUGCUUGACGGCCCCGCAGCAUUGGAUGGCAAAAUGGAAACAGGGGAUGUCAUCGUCAGCGUGAAUGAUACCUGCGUGCUGGGCCAUACUCACGCUCAAGUUGUGAAAAUCUUCCAGUCCAUUCCCAUCGGAGCCAGCGUGGACCUUGAACUGUGCCGAGGCUACCCUCUGCCCUUUGAUCCCGAUGAUCCCAACACAAGCCUGGUUACGUCCGUGGCGAUUUUGGAUAAAGAGCCGAUCAUUGUGAACGGGCAGGAAAAUUACGACUCUCCGGCGAGCCACAGUAGUAAAACGGGGAAGGUAAAUGGCACAAAGGAAGCAAGGCCAAGCAGCCCAGCUGAAGUCUCUUCCAAUGGAUCCCAUGGCUACCCCAAUGAUACGGUCUCUUUGGCGUCUUCGAUAGCAACACAGCCUGAACUCAUAACUGUGCAUAUAGUGAAAGGGCCUAUGGGCUUUGGUUUUACUAUAGCGGACAGUCCUGGUGGGGGCGGCCAAAGAGUGAAACAAAUUGUAGACAGCCCGCGGUGCCGAGGCCUGAAGGAGGGCGACCUUAUAGUUGAAGUCAACAAGAAGAAUGUGCAGAGCCUCACCCACAACCAGGUGGUGGAUAUGCUGAUUGAAUGCCCUAAAGGGAGCGAAGUCACGUUGCUGGUGCAGCGAGGAGGACUGCCGGUCCCAAAGAAGAGCCCAAAGUCGCAACCACUUGAAAGGAAAGACAGCCAAAACAGUUCUCAGCACAGCGUCUCUAGCCACCGCAGCGGGCACACUGCUUCCCCCGUUCACAGCACGCAGGUGCUGCCGGACUACGCCGCCUCUGAAGCACCGGCCGCAGAUCAACCGGACAGUUCUGGGCAGAAAAAGCCAGAUCCGUUCAAAAUCUGGGCCCAGUCCAGGAGCAUGUAUGAAAGCCGACGGAUUAGCUGUAUUCCUGACCUUGCAGGCUCUGGGGCCAGAUCAUGCCGUUCUACGGAGAAAUGCAGCGACUGCACUUCCUCACUGCCCGUGCAUCUAGUUGAAAUAGGAAAAAGGGGCAGAGAGCUGUGGCCCGGUGACUUUUCAGUCCUGCAGAGCUCCUUCAGCUGCCCCAGACUGCCGAGAUCAAGGCCAGCCCAUGGCAACGCUAUGUCACCUUCGCCUGCAGCUGGACUGAGCAAGGGUGAAAGAGAGAGAGAAAUCAAUUCCACAAGUUUUGGAGAAUUUCCAGAUUAUCAAGAGCAGGACAUCUUUCUAUGGAGAAAGGAAACCGGUUUUGGAUUUAGGAUUCUAGGUGGAAAUGAGCCUGGAGAGCCUAUUUACAUUGGUCACAUUGUACCGCUGGGUGCUGCAGAUGCUGAUGGCCGUCUGAGAUCGGGUGAUGAGCUCAUCUGUGUGGAUGGGACACCCGUUGUUGGAAAAUCGCAUCAGCUUGUUGUCCAGCUUAUGCAACAGGCAGCCAAGCAAGGUCAUGUCAAUCUGACCGUAAGGCGCAAAGUAGUUUACACAGUUCCCAAGGCAGAGAACGAAGUCCCAUCUCCGGCCUCUUCCCACCAUAGCAGCAACCAGCCGGCCUCGCUGACGGAGGAGAAGCGGACCCCGCAGGGCAGCCAGAACUCCCUGAACACCGUCAGCUCGGGCAGCGGCAGCACCAGCGGCAUCGGUAGCGGUGGUGGCGGUGGCAGCGGUGUCGUCAGCACUGUGGUCCAGCCCUAUGAUGUCGAGAUCCGCCGUGGCGAAAACGAAGGCUUCGGCUUCGUCAUUGUGUCUUCAGUGAGCCGGCCGGAGGCGGGGACGACGUUUGCGGGAAAUGCAUGUGUGGCCAUGCCUCACAAAAUAGGUCGGAUAAUUGAAGGGAGUCCCGCAGACCGCUGUGGCAAGCUGAAAGUAGGCGACCGGAUCUUGGCUGUGAAUGGAUGCUCCAUCACCAACAAAUCGCAUUCAGACAUCGUCAACCUAAUUAAGGAGGCGGGAAACACCGUUACUCUGCGCAUCAUUCCAGGAGAUGAAUCCUCCAAUGCUACUUUAUUGACCAACGCAGAAAAAAUUGCUACAAUUACAACCACGCAUACUCCUCAGCAAAUACCACAGGAGAGCAGCAGGAACAACGCCAAACCAAAGCAGGAAUCCCAGUUUGACUUCAAACCACCCCAAGCAGCGCAGCAGCAGGACCAAGAUUUUUAUACUGUUGAGCUGGAAAGAGGAGCCAAAGGGUUUGGCUUUAGCCUACGAGGUGGCCGGGAGUAUAAUAUGGACCUGUACGUGUUGCGGCUAGCUGAGGAUGGUCCAGCUGAGAGAUGUGGGAAGAUGAGGAUCGGUGAUGAAAUCUUAGAGAUCAAUGGGGAGACUACCAAGAACAUGAAGCACGCUCGGGCCAUAGAACUGAUUAAAAACGGUGGCCGCAGGGUCCGCCUGUUUCUGAAACGUGGAGAUGGCUCAGUCCCAGAAUAUGCGAUGAUACCUCCUAAUAUCGCUGCAUGUAUGAGAAAUGACAAGCUCGGGGAGUCUUGCUUCUACCUUAUGGGCCAUAAUCAAACUACGACCCCAGCAGUGACAGGAACAGUCCCGCCACAGGUUCACAAAAUGUACCGGAAAUGAGAGCCGCGCCAUCCGACCGACGGCAGCACCCAUCAUCGGAGUCCAGUUAUCCACCAGACCUUCACAAAUCAUCACCACAUGGGGACAAGCGGACUUACGUUAGAGACCUAAAAGGCAGCAGAGAGGCUAGCAGACAUCCCAACGAGCACCACACUUGGAACGGGACUUCUAAAACCACCGGCAGCGUGCCAGGCAGGAGAACCGAGCGGUCGCCCGAGAGGCGGCGCGACGGGCAGCCUGAGCGGCUGGUGGUGGUGAACGGGCAGAAGCGAAGACCUCCGGAGAAGAGGAGGGAAGGGACGAGGAGCGCCGACACCACGUUGGAGCGGAGGGAGAGGCCGGAGCGGAGGAGGGACCCGUCUCCCGAG